CACUGGUUUGUCCUGCAGAGUGAAUGAAGUUGGAUUAUUAUUAUUAUUUUUGUGUUGAAUGCAGAAAAACAGAAGGAAGCCCUUGGGAGAACAAAAAAAACAUGGUCCCCGGAAUUAUUUGGAUAUUUUACCUGUGAUGUUUUGGAAAAACUUUCAUCGGACGAUGUUUUCUCUGCUUUUGGGAGGUUUUCUAUGGUUUAAAUGCAGGAGAAACUGUUAUUCCUUGUUUUGGACCGGAUAUAGUGUGGGUUGGGGCAGAGAUGCGUAAUGCGCAGAGCAAGCUCCAUCUCUUCUCCAAAUAGGCAGCCUUCAAGAUCCGAAAAUGUCUAAAUCGGAGGUGAAGAAGGAGUCCGGGGAGUCUAGCCCGUCGGAGGCCGCCUGCCUCUGCCCUCCUCCGGCGGCAAAGAACCAGUGCGCGAGCUGCGGCAUGGAGAUCCACGACCGCUACCUACUGAAGGUCAACAACCUGAACUGGCACCUGGGCUGUCUGGAGUGUUCAGUGUGCAGAGCGUCUCUGCGCCAACACAGCAGCUGCUACGUUAAAAACAAAGAAAUCUACUGCAAGCUCGAUUAUUUCAGUAGGUUCGGCACUAAGUGCGCCCAGUGUGGCCGACAGGUGUACGCCAGUGACUGGGUGCGACGGGCUCGGGGCAGCGUGUACCACCUGGCCUGUUUCGCCUGUUUCUCCUGCAAGAGGCAGCUGUCGACCGGGGAGGAGUUCGGCCUGGUGGAGGGCAGGGUGCUCUGCCGCAGCCACUACGACAUCAUGCUGGACAAUCUACGCAGAGCUGCAGAGAACGGUACAGGACUGACUCUGGAAGGAGCGCUACCUUCUGAUCAGGACUGCCAACCAAAACCAGCCAAGAGGGCACGGACAUCUUUCACUGCAGAGCAGCUGCAGGUGAUGCAGACUCAGUUUGCCCAGGACAACAACCCUGAUGCUCAGACGCUGCAGAAACUGGCAGAAAUGACGGGACUGAGCAGGCGAGUCAUACAGGUUUGGUUUCAGAACUGCCGGGCGCGACACAAAAAGCAGCCGCCUCAGAGCAGCUUCUCUCAAAGCGCCCCGCUGUCCAGGAUGCCCCCGUCACUGCCAGAAGAUAUCCACUAUUCACCGUUCAGCAGCCCAGACCGACCACACCUGCUGGCCCUGCAUGGAUACCUGGACACUCAUCCCUUCUCUGUCCUCGCUGCUCCGGGCCACUUGACCCACCCGUCCAUCUCUUUACCACAACUUCCCAUCAGCCGCUGACUUGCUGUGUCUACUUUUCCACCGUCGACACUCUGAUGAUGUUGUGGAGGGAAAAAAAAUCCUUCGGGACGCCCUGUCAGCAAUUUGCUCCGUUUGGAAGUCAAGUCCUCGGGUGACGGCAGGACCGCGCUUUCUAAUCAGUCGGGUUUUUCAUUGUGAGACUGCUGAGUAAACUGUGGUGAAGCCUUCAGGCUAACACAGGAGUUACUUUUUAAUUUUGCCUUGUUUUUUUUUUAUAAUGCAGAAGACCACUUUUAUUUUAUUUUCCUUUUUUUUUUUUCCACGGGACACGAAACAUUGCAUCGGAAUUGGUUUUCACUUUCAUACAAGAUAUUUUAAUUGCUCCAACAUGAUCUUAAAGAACAGAAGAAAAGAGGAGUGGUUGUAGCAGUGUUACAGUAAAACCUCAGCAUUUUUCUUUUUUACAUUUUGUACUGGUGAUGAGCACAUUUGCAGCUUUAUUGUUGUUUGUUGUUGUAUUGUUGUCAGAAAAUGGAAACUCUUAUUUAUUCAGAGCAAAACUUCACUUUUAAAAACGCACUUUUGAAUGUGUCUUGAAAUGGAAAAAUUCAGUUACUGUACAUUGUAAAUACGGCCAUGGUUUAAUAAA